UAGUGCUUGUUUUUAUAUUCCAGACACUAAAAUGACAAUUCAAUUGGCACAAUUUGUCCGAAGAAUCUCUUUUUUGUACAAAAUUCGUACAAAAUCAAGACGAUUGGGUAAAUUGGCAAAUCGAACUAUAAUUUUAAUAUCUAACAUACAAAAACAGAGCUUAGGUCACAUAAGAUAACAUAAAAUGUAAUUUAGAACUAGAACUUCUAUGUGACAUACACCCUACCCCGUCACGACCCACAAACUGAUUCUCCUGCUCUCCGCCGAAAAUAACGGAAUUCACAAUAAUUCUGAAUCUUGGCAAUGAAAAAGAAAGGAGUUGACAGAUUAAGGAUGGUUGUAAACUAAUAUUACGACCCUCGUUCUAGCAGGAAAUGUUAUGUAAUGUCACAAAAAUGUUUGACAACACGACUCCACGGUUUUUUAGUUUUUAUUGCAGGAACUUUGAGACGGCCUUUUAAUCAACAAACGUAGGUAUAAAAAUUGUAGAUCAAACUAAGGAUUUGUUCACACUUUUGUUGGUUUUCAAAAUUGACUUUUAUUGCGUUUGGAUUAAAUUAUUUAAAAAGUGACAAAUUUAACACAUGUUGCGCAUUUUCUACUGUUAAAAUUGUUUGAAAGACUAUAUGCAAAACUAUUUCUACUCUUGCAAGACACAAUAGACUUGUUAAUGACAUAUCGUAGACAAAAAAAUAAAUAUCUUUUUAAGAAAAGUUUAACGAAAACAAUUAUCUAAUUGCACUAGGCGCCUAGUAAUACAAUUUUGAUACCAGAUGUGAUCUAAAUUAAAUUACCUUAAUUAAAAUGGUAAUGUAUCAUCAGACACAGACCGAUCAUUCACAAACGAUACAUCUGCGGUCAUGUAUAAUAGCCAUAACCUUUUCCAAGAAGUUUCAAUGGAGCAGUGGCCAUUAAAAUGUAAAAAAAGUUUUAGACAAAAAUUUCAUUUUUGGUACAAGCUUUUAUAGCUGACUGUAGUUUUCUUUCCACCGGCAACUAAUACUCAUCGAGACACUUCUAAAAACCCCAAACACAAUUAGGUUGCGUUGUUUUAUCACGGAGUUCCUAUGGUCACCUCCUGUCUCCAUCAUCAGAUCAGCUCGAUGGUACCAUAAUAUUGCAUUGUCACCCGACUUACAUAUAUAUGCAAAUUUUCAUCUUCAUCGGAAAUCGGAAAGUGGGUCAAAUUUAACUUGCAAGAUUUGUUUACAGACCGACAGACAGACCACGGGACAGGUGAAACUAAAUAAAAGCUUGUAAAAUGCGAGGUAAUCUAUAGCAGGCCUAUUAUGAAUGGCUUUAUCCACGUGACAAAACAAUUGUCACUCUUAUAUCACCACGUCACGCUGUCACGUUGACAAAUCGACCAUCGUAUGACGACCAUCAUAGCCUUACAGAAUGCAAGCGACGUACUUACAUACAACGUGUCUCUAUCCUCUGGACAUAGAUGAAUAGGACGUGACGAUUAGGGUAUUUCUACCCUAUGUACAAAGUCUCAUUCCACACGCCAAAGUAUUAACGGAGAAAUUAAUGAUUUACAAUUUAAUACUUCGGAACAGCCUGUAUGUAGAUACAUGGUAAUUAAAAAGUAUGUCAUGUGGAACGACUAAUACAUUAUGCUCCUAUUUAUUGUUGAUUUAUUUGAAUUACUAAUCUUAUAAAAUAUAUAUUUUUAUGUUUAUCUAAUCAAAGAGAGAGAGAGAAGGAACUCUACUCGGAAUCUCGGUCAAUGUUCAGAGAGAAGAUACACGUUGUAUUUGACAAAGUAGGGUGGCCCAGUGAUUAAUUAAUGUACAGUAUAUGGUAAUAACACAGUAUAAAAUUUAUCAAAAAGUGUCGCAUGUUUCAUGAUGUUUCAUCUCCAAUGAUAAACGAUAAAAUAAUUGCAGCAAUCGAUGCAGAAUUAGAUAAGACAUAGAUAAAACUCGAGCCGAGCUGUCACACUCAACAGUCAAUAAAAUCAUUGGCCAAGUGCCGAAAACUACGAUAAUUAGGCAAAUGACAGAUUUAGUCAACUGACGACUAUAACGCACACAUAAAUUGCUGAUUUAUAAAGUAAAGUAUGACAUUUUUUCAGCGGGGUCAUGACAUAUUCAUAUUUUAUUGCAUAUUUAAAACGAUGAAGUGGUUUAAAUUUAAAUUUUGGCCGCCUGUUUGUGGAAAAAAUAUGGCAAACUAGUACUAUUUCGUCGCAGAUUUGCACGUGUUUGCAAUUUUUAAGCUCCGACGCAAAAAGAGAUAGAACUGAUAAGAUAUUUUCAAGAUCACUUAAAGCGAAAAUUACGAGUAUAUUGAUAGUCGGUGGUUAGAUAAGAUGCAGUAUAAUUGAAUAAAUAAAUAAUGUGAAUUUUGUGUUGAAGUAUUCUGAGAAUAGGGUGAAGAUCAUGGGGAAUAAGAAUAGGUUUUCGCCGUUCGUUAGACAAUGUUACGUGACGGGAGCGGUAUGCUGCAACAUCAUCGGCCACGGCUGCAUGCUGGGGUUCCCAGGGGUGUUGCUGCCACAGCUUCAUCAGCCUGACUCACCUAUCAUACUGAGCAAGGAGAUGGAGUCUUGGAUAGCAUCGGUGUUGGCGAUAUCAAUGUUCUUCGGCAACUUCUUGACACCUCCAAUCAUGGGUCGGAUGGGACGUAAAGCAGCACAUUACGCCGUCACGGCGCCUGUCAUGGUGGGAUGGAUCGUCAUGAUACUCGCCACCAGCCCCGAGGCGCUACUCGUCGGCCGAAUACUUCACGGCACCUCAAUGGGCAUGAUGAUGCCUCUCCGUUCCGUGCUCAUCGGCGAGUACACCAGCCCGCACAACCGCGGCGGGUUCCUCACGACCAUCGCCCUCGCCCAGUGCUUCGGCAUCCUCUUUGUCCACCUCGUCGGCUCCAUCCUCAGUUUCCAGCUGACAGCUCUCAUCUCUCUAUUCUUCUCCUUCAUCAGUCUCCUCAUGACUAUUUACUCUCCUGAAUCACCAAGCUGGCUUGCGACACAGGGACAAUAUGACAAGUGCAGAAAAGUCUUCAUAUGGCUGAGGGGAGACGAGGAAAUACCAGAGCUUGAUAAGAUGAUUGAAGCCAGCAAGCAGUUGGAGGAACAACAAGCAAAGCAAGGUCUGAAAGAAAUUGUAUCAAUUGCGAAGAAGAAGGAAUUUUAUAAGCCUGUUUUACUCAUGUUCGCUUUAUACAUCAUGCUGAACUUCACGGGAGGCACAAUGUUUGCUGCUUAUUCGACAAGAAUUUUGCAUUUGCUCAUGGGCCCGGAUAUUAAUGCUCACUUCUGGAUGGUUGCAUUGGAUACGCAGAGGUUAUUCUUUAAUAUCGGGGCGGUUUACGUUAUAAAUAAAACUGGUAGGAGAACUAUGCUGUUCGCUACAGGAGCGCUCUGUGCUGUGAGCCAUCUUGCUCAAGCUGCUUACGUAUUUGCAAAAACCAACGACUUGCUACCCUUUGACUCUAUAUGGAUACCUGGAGUGUUAGUGAACCUGCAAGUUCUUUCCGUUGCUGUAGGAAUGGUUCCAUUACCAAGCGUGAUAGCUGGUGAAGUCUUUCCCUUGCAAUACAGAAGCCUCGCGGGAAGUACAAGCUUAAUAGCAAUUUCUAUUGCAACAUUUUUAGCUCUUAAAACUUUUCCUGGUCUGAUAUCUUCUGUAGGUUUACAAGGGACGUAUGUGUUGUAUGCAGGUAUAAUUAUAGCAGGUCUGGUGGUAGCGUGGUUCUUACUGCCGGAGACAAGAGGCGAGACACUGCAGCAGAUCGAGGAACAUUUCAGAGGAGAACGUUGUGAGCCUGAACAUGAUAAAGAAUUAGAAAUACUAAAUGGAUCUGAGAAAAAAAAGAUGUUUCCUUAAACAUGCCUAAUUCAGAACAGGGGCUUAAAAACUGCAAAUUAGUGAAUAAAAGAACAGGCUCAAAGAGUUGUUUUUAUUGAAAAGGACGCUUGAGCAGAUCAAAAAUAGUGCAGUGCAAAUAGCAAUAUUUUUACUAUGAUACUACUCGAAUCCGAAAUUUCAAAUGAGUCUAAAUUAAUUAGUCUUCUAUGACUUUUGGUGAGACUUGCAAAAUCACUAGAAAAAUUCUACUCAAUAUUUAAUUUGACAGAUACUUUGUAUCUAUUUAAAAUGUGAUUAGUCCCACCGUGUGCAUCACUACAGAUUUUGUAGGAUUUUUUGUUUUAAAAAUGCCUACUCUAUCUAAUGCCUACAUUUCCUGCUACCUAAAGGUUGUCUGGAAGAGAUCGCUUUUUAGCGAUAAGACCGCCUGUUGUUACC